UCCAACGUCUUCUCCAUGUUCGACCAGACCCAGAUCCAGGAGUUCAAGGAGGCGUUCACAGUGAUCGAUCAGAACCGGGACGGGAUCAUCGACAAGGAUGACCAGGAGACCUUCGCUGCCAUGGGGCGGCUGAACGUGAAGAACGAGGAGCUGGACGCGAUGAUCAAGGAGGCGAGCGGGCCCAUCAACUUCACCGUCUUCCUCACCAUGUUCGGGGAGAAGCUCAAGGGGGGCGGACCCGAGGACGUCAUCAUGGGGGCCUUCAAGGUGCUGGACCCCGACGGAAGGGCUCCAUCAAGAAAGAGCAGCCUGGAGGAGCUGCUGACCACCCAGUGCGACCGAUUCACCCCCAGGAGGUGA